AUGUCUACAACCCAAUUCCACCGCUACUGGACGCAGCUGAAGAAAAUGUGGGAGCUAGCAGGCCCGGCCAUGGUAAUCGAAGUCUCCCAAUUCUCCAUCGCCCUCGUCACUUCCGCCUUCGUGGGCCACAUCGGCCCAUUGGAGCUCGCCGCCGUCUCCAUCGUCCUCAACGUCCUCGAAGAAUUCGCUCUCGGUUUCAUGGUCCUCUGUUUUUUCUCUACCGAUUCAAUUCAGUUUCACAGUUUGAUUAAAUUGGUAAUUAAAUUAACCAACUCUCAUCUCCAUCAGUUGGGCAUCGGUAGCGCGACGGAGACGCUAUCGGGGCAAGCCGUGGGGGCAGAGAAGCUCCACCUGCUGGGCAUCUACAUGCAGAGGUCGUGGCUGCUUUCCAUGGCGACGGCUCUGCUUCUUGCCCCCUUUUACGCCCUGGCGGCGCCGAUCUUCCACAAGCUGCUGCGGCAGGACGCAAAGAUCUCGGAGCUCGCCGGGAGAUUCUCGAUGUGGAUGCUGCCGCAGCUGUUCUUUUUCGCGAUGAACUUCCCGCUGCAGAAGUUUCUGCAGGCGCAGAGCAGAGUGUGGGUUCUGGCGGCAAUUUCGAGCUCGGUGCUGCUGAUUCACGUCGUGCUCAGCUGGGGUUUCGUUUCCAGGCUAGGGUUCGGUGUCGUCGGGGCGGCUGUCGCCGGCGACGUUUCGUGGUUUUUGCUCGUCGUCGCCCAAGCAGGGUACGUGGCGUUUGGCAGUUUCGAGUCGUGGAACGGUUUCUCUGUUCAAGCUUUCUCGUCUUUUCCUGGUUUUGCCAGGCUCUCCCUUGCUUCAGCCGUUUUAUCGUGCUUGAACAUUCAGUACUGGUCAUGGAUCAUCGCUGCAGGAUUCAAUACCGCUGUAAGCAUUCGAGUGUCGAACGAGCUAGGAGCAGGGAACCACGAAGCAGCCAAACUGUCGGUCGUGGUGACGAUCGUGACAGCAACGGUACUCGGCCUGACAUUCUCGGCAGUGGUGGCAGCAGCUAAGAGCCAGGUCCCGAAGCUCUUCUCUUCGGACCCUCAAGUCAUCCGCGAAUCAGCGAAUCUCACGUACUUCUCAUCUGCCGCGAUAUUCCUCGACAUCAUCAUCCCAGUGCUCCAUGGGGUGGCGGUCGGAGCAGGGUGGCAGGUCCAGGUCGCGGUGGUUAACAUCGUGUGUUACUACGUGGUGGGACUCCCAUUGACGGCGGUGCUCGGUUUCGGAUUCGAGCUCGGGGUUAAGGGGAUAUGGUCAGGGAUGGUGGCUGGCUAUGCGCUGCAGAUGGCCUUCCUGUUGUUUGUUAUUUACAGGACGAAUUGGGAAAAGGAAGCUUCGAAAAGUGAGGAGAGGAUGAAGAACUGGGGAGAGAUCUCAGGAGAGUAGGGCAGUGGAAGCCAGGGAGAAAUGGAUUGGAAGGAAGUAACUCCUACUUCUGUAUAAAUUCAUAUUCUUUAGUUUUUUUUACUGAUAUAAUACUUUAUAUUAACGUUUUGAAUAUACAAUUAUCCGAAAAUAGAUAUUCUGUUGUUCUACUAGCUCUCUCUUCCGUUCCACAGGUGUUCAGUAACUUAAAGUAAUCUGGCUACCGGACCGAGUUAAAAGCUGGUACAUUUGUAUAGCCAAACCUUUACCGGGUUGUUUGUUUAAUGGAUUUGAAAAAUACGGGCUUUGGUAAAACCUGAGUUUUGAAAAACCAUGAAUAUAUG